CCGGUACUCCCGCCAUAACACACCGCGUCUUCUGAUCACCGAACAACUCCCUCAAGUUGAACCCGACUCAUACUACCUUCCGACAUCUUCGUGAUACUUUCUUGCAUACCCUCAACAACUGGGGUCAAUUCCAGAGCACAUCCCGGUACUCGUUUCUCUAGCAAUCAUCUCUCUUCGAUCAGCUAUCAUGGCGGACGAUGGUGCCUCUCCUCGUGAGCUGGUGGUGGAAGCCUGUCGACGGGACCAGCCCCAUUUGAUUGAGCAGGUUCUCGAGGGCAUGGAAGGGAAAUCGAACGAACAAGUGGCCGAGUUCUUCAACGGCGUGACGGACCCAUUAGGGAACCAUGCCCUGCACAUCUGUGCGACAUACGGAAGCUAUGACACCAUGGAUUCUCUCUUCGAUAUCCAAUACUUCGAAUGUGACCCUCUCACCCGCCUCGACAAAGACACCCCUCUCCACGUCGCCGUGCGCUACGCCAACGAUAAGGAUCCCGAGCUAGGCCUGGAAAUGAUCAGUAUGAUGUGCGAAGCUGGAUGCGACCCCCGGGUCCGAAACAAGCACGGACAGAAGCCCGCCGAGCUUGUGUACAACAACCCGGAGAUCAAGUCGACUCUACAGCGCGCCGAGUACGUCCUCGCCGAGGGUCUGAGAGAAGAUGCGGACAACGGCUCUGCUCAUGGCAGCGCUAGUGACAGCGAGUAAAAGAACGCAGGGAUCGUAUAGCCGUGACCUUGUAUCACAUCUUCUUUCUGUCUCUUUCUCACUCUCUUUUCCCAUAGAUAUACGACCGUGAUGAAUGGCUUUUUUUUGGUUUCGUUUCUUUUCUUUCGCAAUACAUAACGCUCGAUGUAUUGGUUGAAUGAUAUUUCGAGCGUUGACAUGUCGAUAUCGAGUGCAGGUUCCCGGCCAAUUGUAUUGUAGAUUCCUGAAAAUGGUGGUUCAUGUAGGCCUUGUUGGGGAGUUUAUAUAAGGUAUUUUUCAUUUCGG